ACACAUAAACUGUUCUUUUACCUUCUGUAUUUCUGUAAAGAAUGUUCAGCACCUCUUGGUUUGGAGAGUCCACGCAUUAAAGAUGCUCAAGUCACUGCAUCUUCACAAUGGGAUAGAAAUCAUGCAGCAAUCCAGGGAAGAUUAAACUUUAAGGCUGGUGGAGGUAAACAAGGAGGAUGGUCAGCUCGAUGGAAUAAUGGAAAUCAAUGGAUACAGGUGGCUCUUGGCAGUUACACCAAAUUAACAAGUAUAGCAACACAGGGAAGGAAUGCUCACAGCUAGUGGGUAACAGCAUACAAGCUGCAGUACAGUGAAGAUGGAGUGACCUUCUACUACUACAGAGUACCAGAACAGAGUUCACCUAAGGUAAAUGUAGAAGCAGUUACUUGGUUUAAAACUGUUAGUUUUUUUUUACUUGCACUUGCAACAUGAUACAAUAAUUUUAAAUGUAAUUUGAAACUUCCUUUUAAAAUAGCAUGACUGUGGUAACUGGUUAUUAAUUUUACUUGCAUGUAUUUGUAGAUAUUCAAAGGAAAUAAAGACACUGGGAAAGCAUUGUUUAUCACCAGUUAAACCCACCCAUCAAAGCUCGCUACAUCAAACUUCAAACAACAGCAUGGUAUGGUCAUAUAUCACUAAGGAUGGAGCUGUAUGGUUGCUCAGCAGGUAUGAUUGUUGUCUUACAUGAAAUUAUUUGGCACUGAAAAUAGCAAGGGUGAAACACAUGUUUUGACUAUUAAAGCAGUAUAAUGCUGAAAUAUGGAUAUGGCAAGAAACUCUAGAUUGUUAGAUGCUACAUUAUGACAUACAUAGAAAAUUUCUUCUUCAACCAAAUUUUGUCUAAUUCAUAAAUUUUCAAUAGAACUGUAUGUACCUACCCACAAACAUACCUCAGUACAUAAACACAUACACGUAAACUGUUCUUUUACCUUCUGUAUUUCUGUAAAGAAUGUUCGGCACCUCUUGGUUUGAAGAGUCCACGCAUUAAAGACGCUCAAGUCACUGCAUCUUCACAAUGGGAUGGAAAUCAUGCAGCAAUCCAGGGAAGAUUGAACUUUAAGGCUGGUAGAGGUAAACAGGGAGGAUGGUCAGCUCGGUGGGAUAAUGAAAAUCAGUGGAUACAGGUGACUCUUGGCAGUUAAUUUAGUGUUAACAACUGGGUUGAAAACGUAAAUUAGCCUCCGUAAAGGGUAAAAAAGCUGACGUUUCGAGCGUUAGCCCUUCGUCAGAGCGAUGGAGUUACACCAAAUUAACAAGUAUAGCAACACAAGGAAUGUUCACAGCCAGUGGGUAACAGCGUACAAGCUGCAGUACAGUGAAGAUGGAGUGAACUUCUACUACUACAAAGUACCGGGACAGAGUUCACCUAAGGUAAAUGUAGAAGCAGUUACUUGGUUUAAAACUGUUAAAAACAUAUCCAUAUGUCUGCACAGUAUAGAGGUAACAGUUAUAAUAUGUUGCAAGUAGUCAUUAAUUAACUCAUCUGCAAAUACCAAGAGGCUAAGCCCCUGAUCAUACAUUCUAGUGUGGAAAAAGUUAAUUAUGCUACAUAUCUAGGCUGGCAUUCAAAAUUGGAGUUGGUUUUUACUUUCUCUUGCAAAUUUACAGCAAUUGCAAUCAACACGUUAUAAUUUUAAAUGUAAGUUGAAACUAACUUUUACAAUGGCAUAACUGUGGUAACUGAUUAUUAAUUUUACAUGCAUGUAUUUGUAGGUAUUCAAAGGAAAUAAAGACAGCAACAGCAUUGUUUAUCACCAGUUAAACCCACCCAUCAAAGCUCGCUACAUCAAACUUCAACCAACAGCAUGGCACGGUCAUAUAUCACUAAGGAUGGGGCUGUUUGGUUGCUCAGCAGGUACGAUUGUUGUCUUGCAUGAACUUAUUUGGCACUGAAAAUUGGAAGGGUGAAACUUACAUGUUUUUACUACCAGUGUAAUGCUGAAAUAUGGAUUCUGGAGGAAACGGUAAAUUAUAAAAUGUUAUAACUUUUUUUCGGUUACUUAAUGUUGCUGUUUAGCUUUAGUGGAGAUUCCAGAAUGUCUUCCUUUUGUGGCGUGUCAGUUAGUCUUGAGCUGGCUGAGCAGCAUGUUGUAGGAAAUUUAUUACGGGAUGAGAAAAGCCUUUAGUCUUCUCACCCGCUGGUUCUUUUCCCUCAAAUUCAAGGACUUUAAUGUUGUCAAAAAUUUUGGCCAGGAGGUGGAGUUUUGAGGCAGUCAUUACUCUGACAUAUACCUUGUGGAGAAUUUGGUCAGCAAGAAUGCCCUUGCAAACACGCCCACUCUGUCGGUCAAAGAAAAGCUGGCUUUGCCCCCAAAGGGGGAGGAUCUCAAUAAAGGCAUUGAUCUGUCUUACAGCAAAGUACCGGGCUCAGAUGGCAUUCCUGUGGAGGUUUUGCCGUAUGCGAAAUCAGCACUCUCUUGUCACCCGCUCUUACGCCGAUGCUGGGAGUGGGUAUGGGAUUAGAUGGGCUGGGCUGGGCUGGGCUGGGCUGGGCUGGGCUGGGCUGGGCUGGGUUGCUUAACCUUGCACGCACAAGAACCAAAAACAAAGUGUAGUGAGUCGUGGGCCGGGUUGUUCAAAGCUGGGUUAAGAUAACCCAGGGUUAGUUAGAAAUCUGAUUUUAAAUCUGAAAGCUUUAAAAGAAAAUUCAUUAUAAUUUUAUUUGUGUACAAAUUUAGGAUAGGAUGCUCUAAAAAGAACAGAGAAAAUUGUACAAAGGGGUAUUUGAACAAAGUAAUUGAGAUACCUAGAUUAAAAUUUAACCCUGGCUGGGUUCGUGCUAAUCGGCCUUGGAACAGCUGGGCUCUAAUCUAUGAGAUUCUAUUGUCUGGUGGUGCCGCUUCGAUGUCCCACAUUUAGGUGGGCCUUUAGUUUCCAUCAUUUCCAUUACUCCCGCGUUUUGACUUUUUCUACGAAUAAAAUUCGCCUUAAGCUACCUUGAACUUAGCCCAAUCGCGUGUUAAUUCCUUUUAUCAACAAAGGGCAAAAUUACUGAGCGCUGAUUGGUUGAGAGAGAGGGCAUUUUUUCUUAAUCGAGGGCAUUUUUAGUAAUCAAGAGAGGGCAUGAUUACCUGUUAAUGAUUGGCUAAUCCGUUGCAUAGCAACGGUUCGCUAUCUUGAAAUUUGUUAAAAAUAGAAUGCGCGCGUGAUUUUCCUUCGUAUAAAUUUUGCCCUUUAUUGAUAAACAAGUAAUUGGAAAAUUUUGAAAACUCUCGUGCAAUUAAUCCUUAAUAGUACUUGGCCUCAUGUGAUUACCUAUACUUAAAACAACCUGCAUUUUAUUACGUAUUUUUUCACACAGAGGGCAAAGUCUAGAUGGGCAACAACCAAUCAAGGAGCCCUCUUUGAAAUAUUAUUGUUUUCUCUUGUUCAGUGUAUUUUCACUUGUUCGAGAUCGCAAUAUAUCUUUGCCCAUGGUCUAAUAAAGGAACAACAGAGUUUCAAUUUGCUUUUCGUUGAAAAAUUACGCGGAAUUUUGUUUUUAAGGCAACUUACUAUGGAUGAAUGAUUUUGAUUUUCUCUCUGUUAGAGGAACGCUGGUAAGCGUAGUCUCUUUCGCAACCGUUAUUUGGUCUCGUCACGCAACGCACUCCCUCUCCAACGGGAAAUGGAGGGCGUUGUGUGACGACCAAACAACGGCGGCGAAGUAGACAAUAGUAAGCAUGGCGACGAUUUCAUUUUUACUUAAAAAUAUUUAGAUAAUAGACCACAAAAUAUAUGUGAGAGUUCAUUUAAAUUAGGUUUUCCUAUCUUUCUCUUAAGGCGAAGUAAUGCGUUAUUUUCGUUCUUUUGAAAGUUUUCUUGCUCUUUUCAGUAACAAACUGUCUCGUCUCAACCCACACAGCAAACAAAUGAACUCUUGCAUGCUACGCAUGCCCAUGUUCUAAUGUGUGUCAACUUACUUGUUUCGAAUCAGUCAUUUCAGUUUUUUUUUUUUUGGUUUAUGCAUAUUUGCAGUCGAAACUUUAUAUACCAUCCGAUUCUAAAAUUUUGUAUGUCUAUAAUAUUAUACUUGUAUAUUUUAUAUUUUCACUGAAAGCUUCUGGAGUAAAUGUCCUCUGCGGCGAUAAAACCAUGACUAUUUUCAUCCCAAAGACCCUCCUCCGUGGUCUUGAUUUAAAGAAUCUUCGACUCCUGGACACCAAAUGUAAAGGCAAAGAAGGACGGACACACCUUAGCGUUACAACAUCAUUGACGGGCUGUAAAACUACCAGCAGGUAUACACCUACAGCUAUCAUCUACUCCAACACAUUGAUAAUACCCGUGGCCACUAAAAGUGCCGUGACACGCUUACAUGAUAUAAAAGUGCAGUUCAGCUGCUAUUACUCAAUGCAUGGUACAGUUUCAUCGCUUGGUUGGACGCCAAUUAAAACGACACUUGAACUCCGUGAAAAGGCCAAAGGGAACUUGACACUGUCGUUGAGAAUGUUUCAUAACAAGACAUUUGUGAAUCCUUACACGAAAGAUGAUUUCUCUGUUGCUGUGGGGCUGCACAGACGAUUGUUCUUAGAGGUAUCCGUGGCAACAGAUGAGAAAAAGCUGUCAAUCAGAGCUGAUCGAUGUUAUGCCACGCCCACCCAGGAUCAAAAGAAUUCUCUGAAAUAUGAAUUUAUAAAGAAAGGGUAUGUCUAGUAGUAACUGUCUUGGACACUUGAUUUCUACUCCUUUUGCAAAAUCACACCUGGUUUAUUUUGCGGUCACUUGAGACGUUUUCCUAGGCAACUAGUGGUUGGUGAUAUGUAAGUAAAAUUGGAUACACUCCGCUCUCUUGAAUUCCCUGAUCAUCAACAACAUAAGUUUUAAAAAAAACUUUUGUUAAGGAUAUUCGUAGGUAUAAUUUCACCUUGAUCAAGGAAAUUUGCUUCACUUUAGCUGCCCAAGUGAUGUAACAGUGAAAUAUCAUUCAUCGCCUUCUUCUCGUGCUCAGCGGUUCAGCGUGGAAGCCUUUAAGUUCAUUAGUGCUCGUCCCUUUGUUUUCGUCCACUGCCAAGUGCCUGUAUGCAAUGCAACCAACUCCGGCUCCAAAUGCUCGAUGAAAUGUCCUUCAAGUGGCCGAGGGAAACGUGAGCUGAGUGAUGACGUGACUUACGACGUGUACUCUUUAGUCCAGGGACCCCUGCACCUGACGCAAGAGAAAAGAAAGGAGAACCGCGGGAGAAUUCUGGGUGAGACUGGUACGUAG